AAGCCAACUGAACCACCUGAGCUGCAAUCAGUUCACCACCAAGAGAGUAAUGGAGAAAGGGAGCCCUCUGCCACCCCCCAAAGACUUGGAUGAGGAAGAAGAGGAUGGGGAAGAUGAAGAUGAGGAAUAUGAUGAUGAUGGCUUUGUCGGGGAAUCAGGGAAGAAUCCAAUUGAGAGUGAGGAAGAUGUGCUGUCCACAGGCAUAGAUGACUUCAGCGAGGAAGAUGAUGGCGUGUUAGAUAUAGAGAUAGAGGGAGAACUGCCAGGGAAGGCUAUUAAGAAGGGUAAAAAGGAGAAUGAGGUGGUUGCAGCCUCAGAGCCUGGCGGAGAAUACUGCAGUCCUUUUGGUCGUAGACUAACCAUUUGGGAUACCACCAAGUUCGUCAGCAAGUGGAGGUGGUCUCACCUAAGGGGCUACCACGUAGGCCUCUACAGUCACAGCGAAGCCCACAAGAACCUGCUUACUAAUCGGGAGAAAGACAUUAAAACAAGUAUUCCUCUUCCUAUUGUGAGCAUGAUGCAGAAAGAGACUCUGCGUAUUCUGGAGAAGAUGGAACAGACAUACAGGUCUGAUCUGGGGGCCAACCACAAAUUGACCAAAGACGUCCAGAACCAGAUCAAGGUGGUCAGAACCCAGCUGGCUGCUAAGUAUGUCAGCAUCCCAGCCUGCUGUACUGGCUGGCGAGGCGCUUUGCACGGCUGGAGUUUGUACCUGGAGAGGAUCUGGAGUCUGUGGCCAAGGUCAAAGACAGCGAAGGUCAAGGAGGAGGGAGCGAUGGGAUGGGGGCAGUGGCUCAGGAGCCUACUGAGGAGAGCACCUGCAAGCACCGAGGAGAAGGCUGAAGAGGAGACACCCCCGCCUGCCGACGCACAAGAGCCGACUCCCCAGGCUGGAUGGGGCCAGUGGCUGGGGAACCUCCUGAGGAGGUCUUCAACUGCUACUGAGAGCAGGGAGGGAGAGGAGAGCAAGCUUCCGCCAACAGCCAAGGGAGAAGCGACUGAGGCAACGGAGGCAAAGGGCAGCGGCGUUCCUCCAAUGGCUGACCUAGAGAGGGAGGAGGGACAGCAGUCCUGGACUGGCUGGAGACAGUGGCUGGGAGCUCUGAGAGGACAGAGGGCAACUGGAGGGGAGAGAGAGAACCAGGUGCCCCUUGAAAGCAUCCAGUCCUAGCACUGCUGCUACUACUCUUAGCUGGUUCACGUGGGACACUUGGAUUGAGGAGAUGGGAUGACAUGUAUUAUUUGUAUUGUUUUGGCUGGCAUAUGACUUUUUUGUCACAAAUAAAUUCUGGGCAAGACUAUG